AUGUGCUGGAACACUGCGGAGGGAGAUUCGCUAUUCGGGUGUCUCUGUCCAUUCCUCUGUCCACUCCUCUGUCCACUCCCUCUGUCCACUCCUCUGUCCGCUCCUCUGGAUAGUGUGUAUUACUUCCACUCCUCUGUCCACUCCCUCUGUCCACUCCUCUGUCCACUCCCUCUGUCCCCUCCCUCUGUCCACUCCCUCUGUCCACUCCUCUGUCCACUCCCUCUGUCCACUCCUCUGUCCACUCCUCUGUCCACUCCUCUGUCCCCUCCCUCUGUCCACUCCUCUGUCCACUCCUCUGUCCACUCCUCUGUCCACUCCUCUGUCCACUCCCUCUGUCCACUCCUCUGUCCCCUCCCUCUGUCCACUCCUCUGUCCAUUCCCUCUGUCCACUCCUCUGUCCACUCCUCUGUCCCCUCCCUCUGUCCACUCCUCUGUCCACUCCUCUGUCCACUCCCUCUGUUCACUCCUCUGUCCACUCCUCUGUCCACUUCCUCUGUCCACUCCCUCUGUCCACUCCUCUGUCCACUCCCUCUGUCCACUCCCUCUGUUCACUCCUCUGUCCACUCCUCUGUCCACUCCUCUGUCCACUCCUCUGUCCACUCCUCUGUCCCCUCCCUCUGUCCACUCCUCUGUCCACUCCCUCUGUCCAAUCCUCUGUCCACUCCCUCUGUCCCCUCCCUCUGUCCACUCCUCUGUCCACUCCCUCUGUCCACUCCUCUGUCCACUCCUCUGUCCACUCCCUCUGUCCACUCCUCUGUCCACUCCUCUGUCCACUCCUCUGUCCACUCCCUCUAUCCACUCCCUCUGUCCACUCCUCUAUCCACUCCUCUGUCCACUCCUCUGUCCACUCCCUCUGUCCACUCCUCUGUCCACUCCCUCUGUCCACUCCUCUGUCCACUCCUCUGUCCACUCCCUCUGUCCCCUCCCUCUGUCCACUCCUCUAUAUCCGGGCAACGUGAAGAUGCUCCACAAUCAAAGGUGUUCAAUGACCCUAUCCACGGUCAUAUGGAGUUCGAUCUUACUCUGGUCAAGAUCAUAGACACUCCAGAGUUCCAAAGACUUCGAUUCAUCAAACAGCAGGGAGCAGCUUACUUUGUUUACCCCGGAGCAUCUCACAACAGAUUUGAACACGCUCUUGGUGUGGCGCACUUAGCCGGACAGUUCUUGAAAAGACUAAAAGAGGAACACGAGCCUAUUAGUGACGAAGACAUACUUUGUGUGCAAAUUGCGGCUCUUUGUCUUGAUAUUGGACGGGCACCUUUUUCUGAUGGUGUAAUGUUGGACCAACAGAAUAUAAACCCGUCUGCUGUCAUUUUCCAAACACUUGAAAAUAACCUGCACCUGAAUCUGAAUGAGGCAGACAAGACAUUCAUUGAAGAGAUGAUAACUGGAGAGGGGCCACAGACCGGUCGCCCAGAGGAGAAACGCUUCCUCUAUGACAUCCUGGGAAACCGGACUAAUGGAGUCGGUGUGGCAGUUGGUGUGAAGCUCUUUGACUAUGUGGCCAGAGAUUGCUAUAACACGGGCCUUGAGGCUAAUUUUGACCAUCGCAGAGUCAUCCAACUGGCCAAAGUUAUCCAGGUCAAUGAAGUGAAUAAGAUCUGCUUCAGUGUCAAGGUGCUGGGGAACAUGUUUGACUUGUGGCACACCAUUGUGGCUCUUCACAGCAAAGUCUACCAACACAGAGUGACCAAGAACAUCAAAACCAUGAUCCCAGUGGACGAAAGAGCUAAGACAGACAACCUGCUGUUUGCAAGACAUGAAAACAUAAUGCAGGAAAUCCACUCGCACAAUCUUCUCUAUUUUGAUCUUCCGGAAGUGCAGGGGGCGGUGCAGGGGGCGGUGCAGGUGGUGGUACCCCCAAUCCACAUUCGUCAGAUGCAUUUCUAUGACAUGAAUGAUCACAUUUUGACCGAGGAUGACGUUAAGGAAGAGAUUGAAGCACUAAAUCAGAGAAACACAGUGACUCUUCAGUAA